UGAGGGUGCUGGGUCCAGCAAAGCGAGGAGUUAAAUUUAAGGUCAUGGCAAAACAUCUGAAGUUCAUCGCCAGGACUGUGAUGGUGCAGGAUGGAAAUGUGGAAGGUGCAUACAGGACCCUAAACAGGAUCCUCACUAUGGACGGGCUCAUUGAGGACAUUAAGCGACGGCGAUACUAUGAGAAGCCUUGCCGCCGGCGACAGCGGCAAAGUUAUGAAACCUGCAGGCGCAUCUAUAACAUGGAAAUGACUCGAAAGAUCAACUUUUUGAUGAGAAAGAAUCGAGUGGAUCCAUGGCAGGGCUGCUGAGGCUUGUGGCCAGAAGACCCAGGAUGAACCCUUCAUGCAAUUUGUGCCUCCACGUCUCUCCUUUCUCAAACCCCAUUUUCUCUUACCUUUAUCUACAAUAAACUCAAUCACCCACACACAAGAAGGCUUGCCUGUAUAGCAGCAAUCCCUUCAUCUGCAGUGGACCCUGUUUUUUAUCAAGUGAAAGUGGAACGAGUGCAAGUAGCUUAGGAAUAGACUGGCGGUUGCCAGGCUAGUGGAGGGGCAAUGAGGACUUGCUAUUUAAUAGGCAUAAAAGUUUCAGU